UCCAGGCACAAGGUCCUCUCUUCUCUGCAUGACGCCAUGUGCAUCUUUAAAACGUUUUUUGUACCAUCUGCAUAUUCUCAGCAUCACCACAGACACUGAGGAGGUCUUUCAGAUUUCAUCAGACUAAAAAAAAUGGAUAAAUACUUUUUGUGGACAGUGUUUAAUAUGGCAAAAUGGGAGCAAAAAAUAAAACAAGAUUAUUUUCCAAUUGAGCACUGGGGAAAAAAUGGUAAGAGCUGAAACAUUUUUUCUAUAUUAAUUUAUUUUCACAAAUUUCUCCCAAAGGAAAUCUUCUAUUAACUCCCCAGCUGUCUCUCAGCAACUGAAAAAGAUAAUAAUAAUGUAGAUUAUACUGUAAGCAAUAGAAGCAGUUCUGUGAACAUUUAUAAUUGGACUUUAAGCCACGAUUUAAUAUUAUAAAUAUAAAAUUGAAAAAAAGCAAGAGGCAUUAUGAGCGAGAAAGUGGACAAUGGAUGGCAUUUCCAUAAUCCACUUCAUUUGUUUUCAUUGUUCCAUGUAAGACUCAUGUUAAUAUGUAUGUGUGAUAAUGAAAUGAACCUGAGAGAGCACAGAACAUAGAGAGCAAAACAAAAUCAAUGAAGCAUCUCUUUGAGUCUAAAUACUUAUCUUUAAGCCCAGGCCCGAUGGGGAUUGAUGGGCCUCCUCAUUUUGUUCCAGGUCCUCGGGCUUUGAAAAGGAUGUGAAUACAAGCUGUGUGGAUUGAUGGGUGGUCGUUAGGGUUUCAGGUUCCUCUCUUAUCAGCUGUGAUGUAAUUGAUUUAUGGAGAGCUGGUUUGAAUCACAACAGGGAUGUAAGUGUGCUGAUUUAGCCACUUAACACAAAAACAGGGCCACCGAGAGGCAGGUUGCUCUGUUUGAGAGGAACAAAAGAACACGCAGUAAUCCACCUGCAAUACACUGCUGGUGCUUCUUGAGGAGGACGUUUCUAUUCUGUUUUUAUCGGAUAAAAGUCUGCGAUAUUUCUUUUAUUUCUCUUCAUGUAUGGCUAUAAAUAUCCAAGCCUAAAUAAUGAUACUUCAUGUUGUGAUGCAGUGACAACAUAAUUCAUGGGGGGGGGCUGGAUCAUUACGCUUAACAUAUUAGCUUCAACCUCACAGACAGUCCAAGUCUGUGCUUCUGGUUUAAGUAACCAUGGCAACCAGCAUCACCUACAGAAGGUUUCCAGAAGCAUCUAGUGCAGCAAUGUCGUUUAUUUAGCCACUGUACACACACACACACACACACACACACACACACACACACACACACACACACACACACACACACACACACACACUGUUUUGCUGUCAGGGCACCUUAACUGUUACCAGAGGAAAGAAAAUCAAUAUAUAUUUUUUAAAUUACUUCUAAAGACCCAUACGUAUACUGGGAUUGUAUGUUGGUAGGCUCAUGUUAUUAGUCUUUUUUCCUCAUUUUUUUUAUUCCUGUUUGGUUUCAAUCUUUCACUUUAUUCUUGAUUGCCACUUGAUAACUUGAUUAUUAUUUUAUUAUUAUUUUAAAUAUAAAUUAUUAGUUUGUAUGUGAUCUCAAAAACGUAUUGUCUCAAAUAAGAUUUUUAUUGUUUUUUGUUAUUUUUUAUUUUUAAGAAAUUCCUUCAUAGGCCAGUUUGGGUUAUUUUUAACACAAACCUUUUAUAUCUAUUUAUGUUUUAGUGUUUCGUUACUUGUGCAAACAAACACACUUUCGCUUUCAACAUGUUACCUGAGCUCCAGACCUAAGAACUUACAGAGUUAAGGGUAGCUUUGUAAUGCUGUGUUUUCACUGCCUCUGGAUGUCUCCACCUCGGCGGCGCAGUUUUUAAGGCCGGCUCAAAUGUGAAAUCCCACUGGCCGCUGUCCAUGGUGCUGAACCCCCCCGCCCCCACCCCCAUGUUAGACUGGUAUCUGCCGGGUCGAGUGAGGACCUCACUUGUUGCACACAGCUGUGAUAAAGCCGAGCAUUGGUGCUUACUAUGUGUCUUAAACAUAUAUCAUAUUACACACAGCUUUUUAUUGGUGACUGGUGUGCGCAUGCGAAGAGGCAAGCUGAGGCCACUUCGCUUAAACAGAUGACCGUGUCGAGAGCAUCGAUCGCUCUCAAUGUGCACAGCAGGAUAUGCGUGUUUUUCACAUAAGUAAGAAAUCUGAACCUGGUAACAUAGAUUUCCAGGUUUGAUUGUUCUACACACCUCUCCCGCGUACUACGUUUCACGCAACAGGCUGCAACACCAAUGUGGAGUCUAGGCUGAAGAACAGUACCACCUGUAACUGUGCCUAAUCUGCUCCCGACUUUCAUGCCGACACCGAGGAUGAAGAAGCAAAACGUCCGGACCCUGUCGCUCAUCCUCUGCAUGUUCUCCUACUUGCUGGUCGGCGCCGCGGUGUUUGACGCGCUGGAGUCCGAGUCGGAGAGCUCCCGCAGACGCAUCCUGGAGCAGAAGCGCAACGAGAUGAAGAAGAAGUACCGCUUCUCCGAGGACGACUACCGCGAAAUCGAGCGAGUGGUGCUGCAAGCUGAGCCCCAUCGCGCCGGGAGACAGUGGAAAUUUGCUGGCUCUUUUUACUUUGCCAUAACAGUCAUCACCACCAUUGGUUAUGGACAUGCAGCACCAGGCACAGAUGCAGGAAAGGUCUUCUGCAUGUUCUAUGCAGUACUGGGCAUUCCCCUGACUUUGGUCAUGUUCCAGAGCCUGGGUGAAAGGAUGAACACAUUUGUCCGCUAUCUCCUGCAUAAGACAAAGCAGUGUUUGGGCUGUCGACGCACCGAAGUGUCCAUGGAAAACAUGGUCCUGGUGGGCUUCCUGUCCUGCAUUGGAACCCUGUGUGUUGGGGCUGCAGCCUUCUCCCACUUUGAGGGAUGGAGCUUCUUCCAUGCUUACUACUACUGCUUCAUCACACUCACCACUAUUGGCUUUGGGGACUUUGUGGCCCUGCAGAAAAAGGAGGACCUACAAGAAAAAACGCCCUACGUGGCGUUCAGUUUCAUGUACAUCCUGGUAGGGCUAACUGUUAUCGGGGCCUUCCUGAACUUGGUGGUGCUUCGCUUCCUCACCAUGAACACUGAGGAUGAGAGGAGAGAUGCUCAAGAGAGGGCGUCACUGAAGAGGGACAGAGGCCUCUUGGAUGGGGCUCUGGGGCUCCAUGUUGAAGGGGAACAGAGCAGAGAGAGCCACAGAGAGAGCCACAAAGAGAGGAACAGAAGCAGUGUGGUGCACAGUCGUAGUCACAGUACGCUCUUCCUCCCGAUGGAGGAAGGAACCAGCCGUACCAACCUCAUUGCUUCGCCAGCAGAGGAUCAGGAGAGACAAAGAAGCCCCUGCAGACACAGGCUGCAUUUUCAGAUCAAGGCAGGCAGAUGCAGACCAGAGUCGAGUCUGAGCUCUCUCUGCUCCUGUGUGUGCUACCGAUUGGGGAUUUGCGAUAGCCCUCUUAUGUCCCACAGUGAACACCACGGCUGCCAUAUCAAUUCUGUGUACUACAACUCAGUCUCCUAUAGGAUCCAGGGCUGCUCGUUGGGUUCCAGGGACAACACUGGACUCUCUUCCCCAGGAAGCACGCUCUCACCUGGGCAUAGCUUCCGGGAGUACCCUCGUUCAAGGAGAAAGUCAGUGUGAAGAGCAUCAGGGAGAGUGUUUGCACAGAGUGUAAACAGUAUUUUCAAUGACACUGUAUUUUGUGUUACACCUCUUUUGUGCAUGUCAGAAAACACUGAUCAUGUUAAACGAAUAAGUUGUCUGUUGUGGCUAUUGAAAAUUAUUUUAUUUGUUCAGCAAGGACGAGAUUUCUUAUCCUCUUUUACCAUGACAUUAUUUGUUUGUGAUUCUGCUGUUUUCCUCGCAUGUAAGCCAAAGUGCAGUGCAUGCUAAACAGAAUGUGUAGCACACAAUGUGAAUGCAUGAGUGCUAUGUGAAGAUGUGAAACAGUUGGGCUUUUAAUCUACAGUUUUAACAAAAGUAUUUUGGACAUAGUGCUUAUUUAAUGACUGUAUAACUGUUCAGUGAAGGUAUGUGAAUGAUCCUCAGUGGACUCUGCUCCUGCUUUAGAUAAAACCCAGACUUUUUCAUGCCAUAGCUAGAAGAUGUCAUUAUACUUUUAUAUUAAAAAAAAGCCUUAAAGAACUUUGACCAAGCACAUGAGAUGUGUGGCUUCUUAGCUCAGUGAAUUUAAUAAAUCCUUUUAUUACUUAUCAUUGGGGGGUCAGAAUAACUGUUCUGUGCAUUGUUGAGCACAAAUUCACUCUUACAUAGAGAGACUAUGAUUGUUACAUGAGUGAGUCAAAUUUAAUGGAUGUAGCACACAACAGAUAUGUAGCAGGUUACUAGUAAACUUCCCACAAUCCUGGAAGAGUUGUCACUUUCCAGCCAGGGAGCUGUUGUUUCCUUGUAGACUUGAUUUGUAGUCAGAUAUGAUGUGAGUCCAUUACAGUAUUGUUUUAUUAAACCAAAGGAAAUUACCUUUAAA